CCUGUCGUUGUCCAUAUGAUCAACGCUGCAUUUGUCGAUGCGGUGGAUUUGGUGAAAAUCGUGACGUGUCCCGACGUAUUCGUUGCCGCAAAAACAUCGAAUGCAGUUAUAGCGAAAUGGCGAGUACAAAAUACCUAGGUUUAUUUCUCCUGCUGGCGCUUUGCGGAUACUCCAACGCCUUGUAUUUUCACAUCGGCGAAACGGAGCGGAAAUGUUUCAUCGAAGAAAUCCCCGAUGAAACGAACGUUUUAGUUAACUAUAAGGUGGAAUUAUAUGAUCCACGAAGUGGAGGAUUUAUGCCUUCAUCGCCAGGCAUUGGCAUGCACGUCGAAGUCCGAGAUCCCGACGAUAAAAUCAUCCUUUCACGAGUUUAUAGCUCAGAGGGGCGCAUCUCAUUUACGUCCCACACUCCAGGAGAACACAUAAUCUGCAUGUAUUCAAACAGCACAGCAUGGUUCAGCGGAUCACAACUGCGUGUCCACUUGGACAUUCAAGUUGGCGAGCAUGCAGUUAACUACGGCGAUGUUGUCCAGAAAGAGAAGCUCUCUGAAUUACAGUUGCGCAUCCGACAAUUGCUCGAUCAGGUUGAACAGAUCACCAAGGAACAGAGUUAUCAAAGAUUCCGUGAGGAAAGAUUCAGACACACGAGCGAAAGCACCAACUCCCGAGUUGUCUGGUGGUCGAUCACGCAAACAGCCGUACUGUUGAUAAUGGGAGCGUGGCAAAUGAAGCAUCUGAAGAGCUUCUUCGAAGCCAAGAAACUCGUCUAAGCACAAUCGCGCCGCAUCAAUUGUGCAAUCAAAUUCAUUUUGUACUGUUCCAUCAUUUUGUGAUCAAGUUAUUAUUUUGUCAUGUUUGUUUUCAAUGUGUUUUUGUAUGAAACAAAUGAGAGCUAAAUCAUUAUCAGACAAACAUCUUAAAUACAUAAAAUAAAUAAUUUA